AUGCAGAUUUACGAAGAGCCUGAACUCCAAAAUCUGCACAAGGCCACUUUUGUGCAAGGACGUCCCAGUCUAGAGCAAGUAUUACCCCAUGGAAUCUCAAGGGAAGUCUUCGAAGUAGUUGUAGAGGCAUUCGCUUCCAUCGUCGGCCGCGCCAAUGUCGCCACUGGAGAGGACCUGCUUAACUUCACGGACCCAUUUACGCCGAACAACAAAUUCACCCCUUCUGCUGCUGUGUGUCCCAAGAACAUCGUGGAGAUUCAGGCAGUUCUCGAAAUCGCCAGCAAGCACAGUAUCCCACUUUGGACAUGCUCACGGGGGAAGAACUUGGGCUAUGGCGGUGCGGCUCCCCGUUUAAAGGGCUCCGUUGUCCUUUCACUAUACAGAAUGUCCCGAAUAUUGGAGGUCAAUGAAAAGCAGGCAUACGCGGUGGUCGAGCCGGGCGUUACUUUCUGGGAUCUCUCGCACUACUGCCUCGAGAAAGCGCCGUCUCUGUGGGCUAGUGUGCCCUUUAUCUCCUGGGGAAGUGUUCUCGGAAAUACUCUCGACCGUGGAUUUGGCUACAAUGCGCUGGGUUGUCAUCACGAGAAUAUCUGCGGCCUGGAGGCAGUGCUCGCCAAUGGUGACGUGGUCCGUACCGGCCAAUGGGCAGCUGAAGGGGCACCGACAGGUCCAGUCAGUCGACAAAGUUUCGGUCCGUCUGUCGAAGGCCUGUUCCUACAAAGCAACCUUGGAAUUGUCACUAAAUUAGCCAUCUGGUUGCAGCCACGCCCAGAGACAUACAUGAAUGUCGUGGUCCAUGCCAAGGACUUUGACGACAUUGACGGGCUCCUGGAGGCCAUCGCACAGCUUCGAAGAGAUGACAUCAUCCAGAAUGAUCCUCUUCUAUCCAAUAUCAUCUUAAACGCGUUGAAUCUAGGUAUGAAACGGAACGAGUUUCAAAACAGCAAUGGUACUUUGGGAGAGGAAGCUAUUGAAAAAAUUAAAGAGAAGUAUGGGUUGGCCUACUGGGCUUGCAAUUUUGAUUUCUAUGGGACAAAAGAGAUGAUCAUGGCCAGACUCAGAAGGUCACGGGAAGUGAUUCUCAAAUUAUGCCCGACAGCAAGACUGGAACAUGAGCUGUUCGAGGGCGAGGUUGGAAAGCCGUUGGACCCAAAAGCGAUCGAGUCAGUUACUGUGAAAGGGGAGGCAGUAGGUGUUGCAACGGUCUGGAAGGCUGGCAUGAUCAACUUUGCCCUUCCAAAUGAUGGUUCUGGACACGGCGCCCACUGCGACUUUGCUCCUCUACUGCCGCACGAUGGCAAGUUUGUCAAGGAAUGGCUCACAACAGCGAUGUCACUUUUCACAGAGCAUGGCUUCGACUUUCUGCUAGGAGGUCAUGUCUUUCGUAGACACUUCACCGCAAUCCAUCAAUCGAUGUACAACAGCGAUGACGAAGAGCAAGUACGACGGGUCGACCUAUUAAUGGAUGCUCUGGACGAGAAGUCAAGAGAGUACCGGCUCACGAAUUAUCGAGCACACCUGAGACAAAUGGAUGCCUUUCAAGACCAUUACAAUUUCAACAGUCAUGCGUACAAAAGACUGAUCCAGACUAUUAAGCACUUGAUCCCCAGGGAAUUUUGUCUCCCGGCAAGCAAGGAAUUUGGCCCCAAGGAAAAGACUGGCUUCAACACUUCGAGCAAAAUGGGUAGCGAAAGACCAGUGAUUGGCACGCUCUCCGGUAUAGUGGUCAGGAGCUAG